UAAAGGCAGGAGCUGCCCGCGGCAGCCACAAUCCGAGAUGCAGCGGAGCCGAGCGGCCGUGGCCCUGGGGCCCAUCAUCCUGACCUUGGCCUUCCUGUGCCCUGCAGCCUCGACGGGGGACACCUGUCCAGAGGUGAAGCUGCUGGGGCUGGAGGGUGCCGACAAGCUCACCAUCCUGCGAGGCUGCCCGGGGCUGCCCGGCGCCGCAGGGCCCAAGGGAGAGGCAGGCGCCGCUGGAGGGAGAGGAGAACAGGGUUCCCCUGGAGCACCUGGGAAGGCGGGGCCGCCAGGGCCCAAAGGUGACCGCGGAGAGAUGGGUGCACCCGGAGAGAAGGGUGUACGAGGAGAGAAAGGAGACUCCAUACAGUCCGAGACCUGCGCCACAGGCCCUCGCAACUGCAAGGAGCUGCUCACCAGGGGGCACUUCCUGAGCGGCUGGCACACCAUCUACCUGCCCGACUGCCGGCCCCUGACCGUGCUGUGCGACAUGGACACGGACGGCGGGGGCUGGACCGUGUUCCAGCGGAGGAGCGACGGCUCCGUGGACUUCUAUCGCGACUGGGCCGCGUACAAGCAGGGCUUCGGCAGCCAGCUGGGCGAGUUCUGGCUGGGCAACGACAACAUCCAUGCCCUGACCGCCCAGGGAACCAGCGAGCUCCGCAUCGACCUCGUGGACUUCCAGGGCAACUACCAGUUCGCCAAGUACCAGUCGUUCAGGAUGGGGGGCGAGGCCGAGAAGUACAAGCUGGAGCUGGGCGCCUUCGCGGGGGGCAACGCGGGUGACUCCCUGACGGGCCACAACAACCAGGCCUUCUCCACCAAGGACCAAGACAACGACCAAAACCCCUCGAACUGUGCGGAGCAGUACCACGGGGCCUGGUGGUACAACAACUGUCACGUGUCGAACCUCAACGGUCGCUACCUGGGCGGCGGGCACAGUAGCUUCGCGAAUGGCAUCAACUGGCAUUCGGGAAAAGGAUACAAUUACAGCUACAAGGUGUCGGAGAUGAAGGUGCGGCCGGCCUAGGGCGGGCCUGGCCGGAGAAGGCUGCCUGCUCCGCACCGCCGGGCCCCGCGGCUCCGGGGAGCCUCCCUCCCUCCCGGACACAGGCUCCGCGCACAUGCUCAUGAUCCGCUCGCUUCAUCCCACCUGCCCCCCGCCCGCCCACGGCCUCCCCAGAAGGAGGAAUGAUGGUUAUUGAAG